AUGGCUGUUUUAUCUCUGAACUGGAAGGCUCUUCAGUCUAAAAUAGCCCCUAAAAAGACAGCUAGUGGAAAAAGAAGUACAAUAACAAAAAAAAAGAAGGCCAAAAAAGUUGAAAAGGUGUUGGAUAAUCCAACCACCUCUACUUCCAGCGGAACAUUAAAAGUCUCAUCUAAUGCUAUCAAAAAAGCAGCAGGCUCAUCUAUUGAACUGGUACUUUGGAAUAAAGAAAGUGAUAUCACUGUGUCUGAUAUACCCGUCGGUCCUCCAUUAUCCUUAGAACCAAUAGGAAGAGAUACUCGCAAGCAGGAACCUGGUAAAUACAUCGCGAUGGAUUGUGAAUUUGUAGGCGUAGGGUUCGAAGGUAAAGAAUCGGCACUUGCAAGAGUUUCAAUUGUCAAUUUCUAUGGUCAUGUAUUGUUAGAUACUUUUGUGAAGCCAAAAGAGAAAGUUGUAGAUUGGAGGACAUGGGUUAGUGGAGUUACCCCAAAGCAUAUGAACAGUGCCAUAACUUUUGAAGAAGCCCAAACUAGAUCGAAUGAUAUUUUAAAAGACAGGGUCCUUGUGGGGCACGCUAUACAUCACGAUUUAGAUGCUCUUUUCUUAUCCCAUCCUAAAUACAUGAUCAGAGAUACUUCUACUUUCCAACCUUUCAAGCAAAUUGCUGCUGGAAGAACCCCAAGUUUAAAGAAGUUGUCGUUGCACUUUUUGAAGAUUGACAUUCAGGGCGCUGAACAUUCUUCAGUUGAAGACGCUAGAGCUACAAUGUUAUUAUUUCGUUUAUACAGAAAACAAUUCGAACAAAGCAUGAGACAAGGUAGAUUUUCAAACCAAAAGAAUCAAUAG